ACCAACCUGCUCAGUUCAAUUUGAAUUGGGGUUCAACUUGAAGCGGGAGCAGUUUGAGCAAUUCAGUGAAGAGGGUUGAGCUGGUUACUGGGCCCCGGACAGCAUAAGGCAAGUCAAGACUCGGGUCGGCUUCCACUUGGACGACAACAUGAGCUAAACUUCAGGAAAUAGUUUAUCCUGGUGCUGCAUAAGCCAAGUAUCAUUCCAGAGAUGUAAAAACUCCCCACUCGGAGAAAAUAAUGGAAACAUAUUUCACUAUGAGACCAAUCAGUAACCAAUUGACAUAGGUUUAAGGAUAGUUGGUCGGGAUAUUGCAUUAUGGUUCCUACUCCUAGAACAAACAAAAUUCAAGUAGUAGCUGGCACUCCAUGCAAGAACCUCCAAAUAGAAGUAAAAAUGCAGUCUCAGCAACUCCUUGCGAACAGAAUGGAAAACAUGGACACUCCUAAUCUCAAAGGCAGGACAGCUUUUAUUCCACGGCAGCGAUUGGUGACUCCCCUGAUUUCAAACACGUUGAAUCAUCUGAUCUCUAGUGUUGAAAACAGCCAGAGGAAGUCAGAAAAACCAAUCAGCCCAAAUCUUGAGAUGCUUAGAAUGACACCAGGUCUUCAACAGAAACAAAAGAUUUUACAGGAAAAACAUCUGAAGGCAAAAUCCUCAUUGGACAAGAUUCCUGUAGGAGGUGGUGUCAGCCUAUGGCCAGACAUGGAUGAUAUGCGACUUACUAAAAGAGAAGUACUUGUUCUCACUAUAUCAUCUUUGCUCCUAAUUUUUGCUGUCGUCACCUUGUUUGAAUACUUGCAUGGCCCAUUACUGUUACACUUAAAUUACUACAGUGGGAGAGUCAGGACAUUCCAUGGGCAACACCCUAUUGCAAGGAGCUCAGAAGUAGCACUCAACCAAUCGCUCAUAAGGUGGCACAAGGAUUUCUGGAAACUACUGGAUAACAUUCAACAACAGUUUGAAGUGCCCUUUUGUUGUGUGCAUGCAACCUUCAUCCUCUAUAUCAUGUUUUACGUUGCUGGAAUAACAGUGCUGCUUUACUACUUAGUGGAUAACAUGAUUCAGAAAAGUCGACUCACUCCAAAGAGAAUAAAGACCUGGUUGACUCUGCUGGUGGUUACUGCAUCCUGGACAUUUCUUAUGAUAAAGCUGCUGGUUGCUGCACACCAUCUUGAAUGUGAAAUUGAAGGAACAGUGUACACUUUGAUAGAAGAACUGGCUGACCUAGCAGUAACUGGUCAUGAUCUUCGCUGCUACCAUGACAUUGUUACCUAUUGGCAAUUUCGAUGCCUUCCUCCAACAACUCGUGGAAUAUUGAAAAUCUUUGGAAUAAUUAAAGUCCAUGAUAUUUCCUUUUACUUCCAUUACUAUAGCUUGCCAGUGAUUACUGCAUUGUGCACACCAAUUAUUAAACUACUACUUGCAUUGAAGACCAUCUACAGCAGGCCACGAGUCUGCUAAACAGACUGUUGUAAUUUUAACUUCCUUCCAAAAUCAGAUUAUGCAUCUGUGCAGUGAUUCAAGGUUCAUGCUAUGUCACUUUUUUAAGAAUAUAUGUAAUUAUUUGAUCAAAUUUGUAUUCUGAUUUAUUGUGUAUCUUUUGUUUUGCCAACGAUAUUUAUUGUAAUAUUGAUGUCAAAGUUUUACUAAUUCCACAACCAAAAUUUCAAAUACUAUUUACACUCUAGCUAGUCUGCAUAGCUGCUUGUUUAAAAUUAAUGUGACACUUUUUGAUUCUAGACUAGCAUUUUGAUAUGUGUAUUGCUGAAAACAGAUUUGUUGCUAAAGCUUUUCACUGAUGAAUAACUGAGUGGAAAGUGAAAAUCUUUGCCAAUCUAUAUUUUUCAGCAAUAUUAAAGUUCUGUACUCCCAAGCAAUUUUGGCUUGUAUUUACAGCAUAUUUGUUCAAAGAUCUAUGAAUGCUACUUCAAAGAGGAUUGGAACUUUGGACUGAUUUUAGCUAUAAAUAAUUUUUGCAUUGCAAAUUGUAUAAGAAGAGAAUAGACAAUAGGUCACUCAGCCCCUUGAACCUGCCUGUCCAUUCUGGUGAAUGAUGGCUGAUCUGUAUCCUUGCCUUAAUUUUGCUCCAUUAUGAAUUGUGUUCUUCAACUUGAUGUGUAAAAAACAAAGCAGUUUGAUAAUAUCAUGGCUAAUUCUUCUUGUUCUGAAAUUCGAGAUGAUCUUGCUUUAGUUGCUCAAGAUAAAUGAAUUUGUGCUGCCUGGUAUGAUCCUGCUGUAGGAGAGUUUGCACAUUCCAGAAAAAUGUCAUUGUUAUCUUUUUCCGCGCCCCACCCCCCAACUGUGACAAAUGUUUACUUGACUACCCAUGAAAUCUGAUGAACAGGAAGCACAUGGAUUUUUAAAAAAUAUAACAUUAGCAAACCUCAAAGUAUUGGUGUGUUGGUUAAAUCGAGAAUGUGCUGUUUUGUUCAUUUUGAUGAUAUACUUACAAAUAUGACAGCUUUGACGGUAAUACUUAAAUAGCAAUGGUUAAGAAAUGUAGUAUCAUGUCUACAUCAUGCACGCAAGGCCAUACAGACAAGGAAGGUCAAAGGUUCCAAUUCCGGAAUUGUGCUCAGUUAACUGAUCUUCACUACAAUUAGGCUGAGGAACCUUGGUGGAGGAGCAGACAAAUCAGGUACAGUUUCCAGUCGAGAUUGCUAAUCAAUGAUUCUCUAUCGUCGUUGUGUGAACAUUAGUGCAGAAAAGAUUGAUUCAUUUAGGAAGUUAGAUUUUGAAUGGCAUGCUGAAGAUUGGCAAACAUUUAGUAGCAGCUAUAAUAAGACAGUAAUGAGAAUUCUGAAUAUUUUGUUUCUAAUGUAUAUAAAAUUGUGAUGGUGAAUAUGGAAAAAGCUCACUAUGCAAACACAUUGACACAUCUUCAGUCACUUGUCCUACUAUAAUAUGAAAUAUUCUGUUAAUCAUUUUAAAUACCCUUAUACUUCCAACUUCAAGCUUUCAAUUAAAUCUGAGAGCACAUAAUAACAGAUGGAAAAUUUAAAGUACAACCUAUCUAAUGAUUUGAGUCAAGUCACUUUAUGAAAAGCAGGACAAACUAGGUCUAGUCACUUUAUGAAAAGCAGGACAAACUAGGUCUACUCUAUAUCUCUAUUGCCUUUUCUAAUCUUGCUGCCUUUUUAAAAAAAAAAAUCUAUAUUAUUCAUUUGAUAUAAAAGCAUUGCACUUAUGCAAUCCAGCUCUUUUUCUCUUGCCAUCUUAUUCCUAACAUUAUUUAGAGUUACUAGAUUUUCCAAUGAAGGAAAAAGGACUGACUUCCUUUCUAUAUGGUUUCUACAUAUCUAUUAUGGCUUCUAGUUUGGUCCUGUACCUCUCAUCCUUGAAGGGCACUAAUUGCCAUAGGUGAUGUAUCUCAUGUAGCAGUGGACUUGGAGUGUGUAGAGCUGCCCUUCUCUACUGCUCUCUGGGGGAGGAACAGGACUAUGGGAAAGUGUAACCAUAAACUGGAUGUAUGGAUUCAGAGUCCCUCAGCAUUGUGUACAUCCAAAUGCAGUUUUCUCUUAGCCCUUGUCCAGCCAUUUGGUCUCAAAUCUAGCUGCUACUAGGUCUUUGAGGGCAGGGUACCCCUUGUCACCAAUGACAUGGGGAAUAAACCUUUGGAGAACCAGCUGUUGUGGAGAGUGUAAGCAUUGUGACAGACCAGGAUGGCAGAAUAAAACCUAUUGCAACUGCUGCCUGGGGCUACAAACAAGUUGGAUAGUUUGGGAGCAAACAUUCUCCCUGUUCAGGAAUUUGGAUAGAUAAAAGGCCAUGAAUGUGUAGAAUUCUUGACUGCAGAGGGCUAUAGAGUCUGGGUUGUUAAUUCUAUUCAAGGUUAAGGCAAACAUAGAGUAGACUUGCAAGGGCUGAAUGCCUUAUUUCUAUUCCUAUAUCUUAGAGCUUUAUAAUGCCAGGGAGUUCAGUGCUACAUGACUGCAGUUGAUGGCAUAUUGUACCUUAGAGACCCUAAGACAUAGGAGCAUAAGUUGGUCAAUGCAGUCUGCUCUGCCAUUCAGUUAUAGCAUUGCUGACCAGAUAACCAUCACCUACGCUUUCUUGACUUUUUCCCAAACACUUUGAUUUCUAGUCAGAUUGGGAAUAUUGUCCCAGUUUCAACAGCAUCUUUUAGGUAAAGUAUUCCACAGAAGAUUCAACACCCUCAGAAAUGGAGUUUAAUUCAGAUAAAUGUGAGGUGCUGCAUUUUGGGAAAGCAAAUCUUAGCAGGACUUAUAUACUU